UUCGUAAGCUGUAACAUCAUUUAUUUCAGAAUUGAAACAGGUAUUGACGCAAUUUAUAAAGAAAAGAAGAUGCUUCAAUUAUUUGUCAUUGCUAUCACGUGCUCCGUAGCUCAUGGUAUGACUUACACGGCGUGUACGAGUGGAGGGAAGUACUUGGAGUCGGCAUUUGCUUGCGAGGACAUAUCGCCUGCAGCUGUCUGCACAAAAUUUUACUUCAAGGCUAAUAUGGCAAAGGCUGGCGAUACAGGGGAAAGGCACCCAAACUGUUAUACGGAUGGAACUGCUGCUUCUCCUACAGCAAACAAAGAAAUUCUGCAGGCUGCAUUGGAUUCAUGUCCAAAGACUUGUGGCUUAUGCUGCAUGAGUGCCAAGUUUGACUGUGAGGAUGACAAAAACUUUGGUUGUGCCAAAAUGGCAGCAUUGCCAAAACGAAAAUUGGGUCCAGGCUUUCCAAUUGGCAGAGAAAUGUCCGAAAACGUGUGGGCUGUGCGACCAGAAAAACCCAGGAUGCGAAGAUAUACUGGAUGGUUGCGAGAAAUCUCUGUGCAGCGAUAAAAAUUACAGGGAUAUAAUGCAGGAACAGUGCAAAAGAACAUGCGAGUAUUGUGAUGAUGAGACAAUCACCACUAAACCACCAACCACUAUUGUUUCUACUUCCGCUUCAAAGGAGGCCACCACAACUGUGCCUUGUGGAAAAGACGACAGAUGUGAGAAAUGGGUGAAGAAUAAGUUCUGUGACAACACUGGUUAUGAUUAUGAGACGAAGAAGAAAUUCUGUGGCCAACUUUGCGGUUUAUGUUAAGCCCAGACACAGGCAAACUCAAAUCACCUAUCCACGCAUUGGUUGUAAAGGUGUUUGUGUUCAAUGAA